UCAAUGCGAACGUCACAAGGUAACAGACAUUUGGAGUGGGUCGGAAAAUUUCAAUGUCAGUUUGCUACUACUAAAUGUAGCCAUUGUAUGUCUUUCGAGUACAUAAAAGGAACAAAGGAAAGUAAGUGAACAGAAAGAUUCACUCAUCACUACGGCUGAAGUUGAAGCUAUAUUUGACUGAGGACUUGCUGGAUUCAUUUGCGGGGUUUUAAAUGUAAAGGUCUCACUGAGUAGUUUAAACUUUGGAAGUGGCCAAUGCAAUGAUUAAACUCUCAGUCCCAAGAACGGACUAACUUUACAGGCGCUGCUGAAGAUCGUCGUAAAUUAUUCAUUUGAAUUAGAUAGAAACAUCUCAGUGGUCUUUCAUCACGUUUAUGGUGAAAAUUAAUUUGGACUUGAACUUAUUCUAAGGUAAGCCACUUUAAUCACGCUAGUCAAUUUGUCAUUGCUGUAAGGACUGCAAUCUUCUUCUAACUGUAUUAUAUUCCACAAUGAACACGCCACCCAGGAAGAACUCUAGUACGUUGGUCCAUUCCUUGGCCAAGGUAUUCGAUUCUAAUGCCAUACAGAGCCAAGGGCCACCUAGGAUAACAGGAUCCUCCAGAAAAUGCUCGAAGAGCAGUCGAAACAACUCGUUGGAGAGUUUCAAUGCGAUGGAUAUUAAACUGGAGUCCUUGAAUAAAACUGUAGAUAAAAUACUGGGUGUUCAAGAAAAUGUUGUCCAGAAGUUGGAUGGCUUAACGCAAGAUGUUGUUAGGAUCAGAAAAGACAUUGAAAUGUUGAAGACCAGCAAAGAAAUAAUGAAACAAGACACCAUCUGUCAAGGAGAAGAAAAUAAAAGCACAAAAGUUUCUGGGGAGAUUUCUAAUAUGCUAUCAACACUCAAUCAAAAUUCAAAGGAGCAAACUAAGAAGAUAGAUGGAAUUGAAAAUGUCCUUCUUGGAGUGCAGCAAGUUAUUAACUAUUUAGGAGAGACAUUUAAAAAUUCUAGAAUUGCAGAGUAUAUUUGCAAAGGCCAAGUUACAUCAAAGCAACAAGGUGUUAUGAGCAGCAGUGAACAGAAGAUUUUUAAAAAGAAAAUUACGUCAGGAAAAGUAUUGUUGAGAAGGAAAAAAAUAAAGGUUAAGGACCAAAGAGCCAAUGAGGUGAAAGGAAAGCAAAAUUUAAAUGAUAAAGAAAUAAAGUCAUCUCAGAAGAAGAAAUCCCCAGAAACCAAAGGGCAAAUUCAGAAGAGUCUACACACUUUUGCAGAUACAAAGGUCCAGAAUUUAAAUAAUGAAAAUGCUAACAGCUCAAGAGUCUUUGAAGCUCAGCAUGAAGUCAAAGAUCUAACGGAGCAGAACAAUGUAACUAAAUUAAAAGGAAGCACAUCUGUGGAAGAUGUUGGACUCUUUGAACCCGAGCCUUGUAGAGCGGCAGAGGACUCAGCCUCAGCCUUCGGCCCAGAAUUUUCUGAUGUCACUUCGGACACUUAUGCCGGUGGUGAAAAGAAAGAUGAAGAUGUAGCCGCAGAAGAACAACAUGAACUGAAACCUGCAGGAACCUCUAGCAUUGUAGUGAACCAGUCAAACACUGACAGGCAAAAUGAUGAAAGGGCAGAAAGGAACAAUGUUAUGCAUGAAAACAUACAACAUAUCGGAGCACAGGCAAAAAUGCAAGCAGAAAAGGAUGACAACGAAUAUAAAGAAUUAAUAACUGAAUCAGUGCCAACAAAAGGAAGUGUCUAUCUAAUAGCAAAGGAGAAUCAGGAAAGAGUAAAAGAACACCUAGAAGUUGAGGAAAGAAAUGACACAGAAAGGGACACCGGAUUUGAAUGCACGGACUCAGAUUUGACGAUCACAGAGGAAUCCAAAGGAAAAACCAUGCAGUCCCAUGUGGAAGAAACCAGCAAGGAACAGUUAACCAACAGAUGCGGUGAGAGUGAAGGAGACAUCAAUGCUUUGUUAGUAGCUGCAGCAGAACCAGAAGAAGGAACGUCUCAGAAUAUUGAGCAACAGGAAGCCAAGGAUUUAAGCACCUCCAGUAAAAGGGGGACUGAGGAAGAUCUGAUAAAAGAUGACAGCAAAAAGAGCAGAGUGGAAGAAAAUGGUUGCAGUCAAGAACGUUCAUCGAUUCCUGCCUCAGGUCAGAUGACAGCAACAUCCGCUGACGGACAGCAGGAAAUUAAUCAAGCGGUAGAAGAAACUGAAGUGGAGAGGAGACACACCGUGAUUGAUGAUGGUCCUGCUCCACCUGCUCCAUUUGAACAUCGGAUUGUCUCAACGAAUGUAGCACAAGUCAGCAAUUACUAUACGAUAAAGAAAUCUGAAAUUCUUGGAGGAGGACGAUUUGGACAAGUACACAAAUGUGUUGAAAAGUCUACAGGCCUUACCUUAGCAGCCAAAAUUAUUAAAACUAGAGCGGCCAAGCAGAAGGAGGAAGUUAAGAAUGAGAUCCAUGUUAUGAAUCAUCUGAAUCACACCAAUCUCAUCCAGCUGUAUGAUGCUUUUGAAACAAAGAAUGAUAUCAUUCUGAUCAUGGAAUAUAUUGAAGGUGGGGAACUAUUUGACAGGAUCAUAGAUGAAAACUACAACUUAACAGAAAUGGACACAAUCCUAUUUGUAAGGCAGAUUUGUGAAGGACUUCAAUAUAUGCAUCAGAUGUACAUCCUUCAUCUAGACCUUAAGCCUGAGAACAUUUUGUGCGUUAACAGGGAAGCCAAUCAAGUUAAGAUAAUCGACUUUGGCUUGGCAAGAAGAUACAAACCGAGAGAAAAACUAAAGAUAAAUUUUGGAACUCCAGAGUUUCUUGCACCCGAAGUUGUGAAUUAUGAUUUUGUAUCAUUUCCUACGGAUAUGUGGAGCCUUGGAGUAAUUGCCUACAUGUUGCUGAGUGGACUUUCUCCAUUCCUCGGGGACGAUGAUAAUGAAACCCUGAAUAACAUUCUUGCCUGUAAGUGGGACUUGGAUGAUGCUGAAUUUGAAAACAUCUCUGAAGAUGCCAAAGAAUUCAUAUCAAAACUCCUUAUCAAAGAAAAGGGUGCAAGAAUAAGUGCUGCCCAGUGUCUCAAACAACCCUGGCUAACUAACAUUGCAGAGAAAGCUAAACAAUGUAAGGUUCGUCUCAAGUCCCAGAUCCUUCUACAGAAAUACAUGGUGCGACGGCUGUGGAAGAAGAACUACCAUGCAGUGACUGCUGCAAAUCGAUUGAAGAAACUGAGCGAUUCUGGGGCUUUGGGCCCUGUGGAUGUGUGAGCUGCAUUGACUGAACCCGUUGCACCUUCCCUUUUCAGUCAGGACACUACUCAUUGUGAUUUGCCUCAACCUUGUUGAACCACCUUUACUUAUCCUUCCAGUAAAACACAAUAUGGUUUAGGUUUAGAAAAAUGUGUUUGGGUAAAAAUGGUACAGACUCAUAAAAAUGUACGCCCAUCAUUUUGGUUUAUUUAUCCUUCCACCAAGAGUGUGGCAGUCUGAUUUGAUUGUAGUUAAUUUAGUCAAUCUCAUUAUUUAUAUUAAUUUGCUGCCAGUAACUAGGCUUUUAUUCAUUAAUGAUGUGUAUUUAUCAUUUUAAAGCAUCCAAAAAGAAGCACAAGGGACAGUAAAUGAUCCCAACCAGCAUGAGCUUUCACGCCCUUUGCACUGAAAUGUCAGGCUGGUGAAACUGUGAAUUAAAUGAGUUAAUUAAGGUUUCAAAA